AGCAGCAACGUCUGGUAUGUUCUCGUACGUAUACCUAUUACACUUCUAAGAUCAGUAAUUUCUAAAUUGUCCUCUAACAUUACCUAUAGAAAACGUAGCCAAGGUUUAGCGCCCCUGACAUAACAGUGGAGAAGUCACCAAACGGAGCGCGACACGUCACACGACGCUUCACAUUGAAGCGAACAUGUGAACAGACGCGACGAUGGCACGCCUCCUAGCACUGCUGCUCAUUGCACACGGCGCCGCCGAGUGGGUGGAGAUCUCGCAGCAGCACUACAGGAAGCCCAUCAGAACACAUACUCACUUCACGUCCGACAGAGUGAUAGAUGUCGAAGAUACUACAACUCCUUGGAACUACAACAACCACAGUGUCGUCGAGUACAACUGGAACAAGAAUCCUGCAACACCGAACGCCGGUAACGUGAAGCGCAUGCAACAUGUGGAGACUACUACGAAAGUAAACAAAGGACUCAACCUGGACGAUGAUGAUGAUGAUCUCGAAUUAAAUGUCGAUUUUAGACACUACGAACUUGGAUCCACUAAACCAACUACUGAAAUAAAUAAACCUGAUAAGCAAAAAGGUACAAUUGAAAGAGUUUCCAACCUCGGUAAUAUUAAACGGGUCCAGUUGAACAGCAGCCCUGUAAAAUCGCCAGUUAUCCACAACAAAGGAGAUGAAGAAAAUUAUUUUACCAACAGACACGAGAAUGUAGCCUAUAGUGACAGUGUUCACACAGAAGCAGACGAGCUCGGUGGCAACAAAAAACCAGAAACUUUUCAUAGAAAAAUAUACAUAAGCAACCUGAAAAAAUAUAGCACUGAGCGAUAUGCCACAUUUCCACCCGACGAAGAUGAAAUUAUUACAUUUAAUAUGGAAGCUACACCCACACGUAAUACGAACAAAUCGCAUUUCAAAAAUCAGACCGUGAGGAAUUUUUAUUCUACAAAGCCAACUUUUAUAACUGAAACGGAAGAUUUUACCAAUUACGAAACUGAACAGGAUAGGUUUUACAAGAUCCUCAACAGAGAUUCCACUGAAACCAACAAGAAGGAUAACUUUGCAACAGAAAUCAUAAACACGAGUGAAGACAGGCGGACCAAGCCUAAUACAAAAUCUACAACAAUAAAGGUUAAUAGAGCAGAUGAAAACUCCUAUGAGUUAAAAGCAGAAUCAAACCCCAAUAAUGUCAUUGAAAAGAAACACGAAAAGAACGAAAAAGUUACAUCCGUUAUUAGUACUGAUUUUAAAACAAAACCAAAAGACCCAGUCUCCCCUCCCAUCCAAGCUGAUCAUAACAAAAAUGAAAUAAAAAAUAAAAAAGAUGGAACCAACAACACAAAGAACGAAAAUAAUAAUAAAGUUAAUGCAAUAGAGAACUUGAUAAAAUUCAUGAAAGUAGUUGCUGACACUAUAUCCAAGAACUCGCGAAGGAACUUCAGAGGAAAGAUACAGUAUUUACAUGAGCUGAAGGAUACAAUCUUAACUAAUAUCGAGGAUCGUAUAGAUGCGACUUGGCCAGACGAUGACAGUGCGGGCGCGCGACGACGCUCACGGUCUGCGCACGCGACAGCUCGAGGCCAUGUCCACUUUCCCUCCUCAGAAAGUGCCCUGAUGACCAUAUCUUUUCUAACCUUCGCCGUAUUCCUCAUAAAAUUGGUGCUGCAAGUGAUUCACACGUACAAGAAUAAGGCGAUGAUGGUAGCCCCGCUACUGGUGGCCUCCGGGCGCAACGUGUUCUCCGACCGUGGAUGAUACAAUAAAGAUAAUAAGUGCCGAAUAUGCUUUAUGAUUAUAAUUAUUUUAACCUAUUGUAUCUAAGGUACAUUAUGUAUCUGUGUUUUAUUUUAGACUAUUUUUCCUACUUACUAACCGUACUAAUCUCAGCUUUACACGGGCCCUUUGAUGUAAUCCUCCGAUUCUUCAUAAGAAUCUUAUCAUAAUAAUACCUAUACCUACACAAAAAAGUUAUGGAAUCAGUUUAUUUUUCCUGAGUAACACAUUUUCCUUGAUUUUACGAUUCCUUUUGUUUUCAUUUGUAUUGUUGCCGGCUUCCCGCCAUUUCAAAACAAAAAU